GGUAUUAAGAAGUUAGAGAAAAAAUUUGAUUGGACUUAGUUAAGGAAUACAAUGGACGAUUCUUCGCUGUGUUAUAAUUACAAUAAUGAGAAAAUAACUAUAAAGAUUUCAAAGGACUUAAAUAACCAAAAUUGGCUAGUUAAUCGAUGCCAGACAAGUCGGUGCAAACAUAAUAAAAGAAAGAGUUUAAAAAAAGCGCAAAAAAAGGCGCCUAAGACGAAACCAUCUUUAAAAGUCCGCCUGCCGAUUAAAAUUUGGGACGCCAUGCAAGAACAGAAUGCACAGUUUAGAACGCCGACAACCAGAACGGCUGGACAUCGGUCCUCCCAAUCAUCAGCUCCACCGGCGACAUUAUCCAUGCCUUCGAGUCCCACGAGCUUGAGAAUGAUGCGCCAUCCCAUCCCGACCAGCAAGGGCCGGACCUCCUUCGCUGAUAAAAUGGACCCGAUUGUUAAGGUCCCUAAAGUAAUAUUACCACCAAAAACGACAUUUCAAAGGGCGACCAAUAUGCCACUCAUACCUGGAGAUAUACCUCCAACUAAAGCGCCCGCAAAUGAUCCAGAAAAAAAUAAAACUGAAGAAUCGAUAGUUGCAAAUAGCCCUAAAACACUUAAGUUCUUGUUAAAAAGUAGUAGUAUAGAAUCUUCAAUGCCCAUUAAGCACAAGUUACCGAUUACAAUUUUUCCACACAAGGGCAGUUACAUCAAAAAACCAACAAACAAAGAGAAUACUCGUAUACAAACAACUGUUGAACAAGAAACCCAAACUGAAAAAUGUUUGGUUGUAACUGAGGAAGAGAUUCACAUCCUAGAGAUAGUAAAGAACAGUGGCUUGUCGAGUGAUGAACUACAGAAUCAACUUGUCAAUUACAAGAAGGAUAAAGAAAAGAAAAACGAUAAUAAAGCUGUAAUAGAGUUAGAAGAUGAUUCUGAAGAAGAUGCAAAUGAUUUGUAUGCCAAAGUAAUGAAGCACAGUACUAACAAUAAGUUUGUGCUCAAUAAAAUUGCUAAGAUAUUCCAAAAAAGCAACAGUUUAUCCAGUAAGCCAUCGACGACUCCUCACGAACCGCCAUCCAACUCCCCUUCUGCAUCUACAGCCCCCAUUACUGCAGUUGGUGCUCCAUCAGAGUGCUCGAAGCCGAGCCCCACCACUGCAGUUGGUGUUCCGUCAGAAUGCACUAUGCCGAGCCUCGCCACUACAAUUGAAGCUCCGUCAGAGUGCACUAUGCCGAGCCCCACCACUGCAGUUGGUGCUCCGUCAGAGUGCACUAUUCCGAGCCCCAUGACUGCAUCAGUUGGUGCUCCGUCAGAGUGCACUAUGCCGAGCCCCAUGACUGCAUCAGUUAGUGCUCCAUCAGAGUGCACUAAGCCGAGCCCCAUAACUGCAUCAGUUGCUCGUGCUGAUACAUUAAAACCCGCAUUAAAUCCGCAUAAUUUAGAGGCCAACGAUCUACAAAAAGGAAUUGCGGUUUCAGCUAUGUUACUUCAGAUGGGUUUACGCAUUGUUCGAAUAGAACCGCAGACCCAAGGAACUCAAACAGAAGAAAAUAGAGAAAACAAUAAAAAACGGAAACUCCAAUCUACGACCAAUGAGACCCAAACUGUUAAUGAAUUGAGGGGUCAUUAUGAGCAGAACGUUCAACGUGCGCCUGUGGUUCCCAUCCGACCGGGUCAGGAGAUGCCUGCGCUGAUGUCCCAAAUGCAGGAUGUACCAGUAUUCCAGCCGCACAAUCCGCCGCGACAGCAGCAACCACAACAGCAACGACAGCAAACUCAGCAGUAUGCCUCUGAGCAUAUCGAGCGGCCGGCGCAGUACUACCCGCAUGUGAGCGGGGUGAUGGCGCACCAGCGUGUUCAAAAUACUGCGACGAGGAACCCUCAUUUGAGUUCAAUAGCAGCACUUAACCCCUUUGAGCAAAAUCGAAAUAACAAUACAUCCAGUACAUCACAAACACCAGUCCAAAUGCAGAGUCCAGCCCAGAUGUACCCCACUAAUCAAAGGAGGCAGAGCGGACUCGGGCAGUCCCACCACUCGCGAGUGAUGUCCACCCACGAGGCCAACAUGCAUGGCUCGCAGCAACCGUGCUGGGGCUACACGCAUUAUUACGAUAUUCAGGGCUACGAGUAUCCUCAGAGACACCAGUAAUCUUUCCUGAUCUUUUGCAAGGGGUAUAUGUACAGAUGUGUCAUUGUGUCCAUCUGAUCCUGUUGGUGGUCAUGUCAAUGUAUGGCGGGAAUCAGGCAAAUAUGAGUACUGUACGUAGUUGUAAAAACUAUAUAUUUUUACAUAAUUACUAACCAUAUAUUAUUACUAUACGCCAUAAGCUAUGUAUAAUUUUCAAUGUUGUGAAGUAGUAUAAUUCAGGCUUAAAUGGAAAAUUAAAUUUUCUGGUCACAUGUACAAUUGUACAUAAUUAAAAUUAAAAUGUUUGUUAGAAUUAAGUACAGCUUCAAUAAAUGUUUAUCUUCUUGUACAUUUUUUCUUGUAUGUAUUCAUUAAUUUGCAAUAUUCUAAAAAAAAAACUCUAUAAAUCUACACUAAAAUUUAACUACAAAUAGACUACAAACCACAAGUUAGUAAUAAAAUAUCUCCGCUAUUGAAAUUGGUGAACUCAUA